AUGAAGUUCUUAACCCAUCGUCAACUUCGCACCAAUCACCAUGUAAUUUGGAGUGGUGAUCUAACAUCAGAUGAAGAAGCUUCAAUAAAAUCAUGUUGGACAUCUAUAAUCGGUCCUGAUUUUGAUGUUGUGGUUGCUAAAUUAUCUAAGUUUAAAGAAGGAGGUGGAUUAGGUAUCAGUUUAGAAGGUACAGUUGAUGUAGAAAAUGGUGUUGAAGUUAGACCACAUCAUUAUAUAAGAUCUAUUUUACCUGAAGGUCCAGUUGGUCAAAAUGGACGAUGUAAAAGUGGAGAUGAACUCUUAGAGGUAAAUGGUAGGAGGUUAUUGGGAUUGACUCAUGUUGAUGUUGUAGCUAUAUUAAAAGAUUUACCUCAACAUGUGAGACUGGUUUGUGCUAGAAGGAAGACACAACCAACAGAUAACUAUGCAGCACAGCCUGAUGAUGUAGAUUUUACUAGUUCUGGUUUUAAUACUGGUGUGAAAGAAAAUUUACCACUAUCUAGUAAAAUGGUGAAAGCCAAAUCAGAUCUAGCCAUUUCAUCAGUAGAAAGUACAUCUUUACAGGAUACUUUGAAUAAAACCAAAUCUCGAUCUUUAGAACCUUUAAAUAGUUUAGCUAUGUGGAGUAAUGAACCAGUGGUUAUUGAGUUGAUUAAAGGUGAUAAUGGUUUAGGAUUUAGUAUACUAGACUAUCAAGACCCAGUAAAUCCCAACGAGACAGUAAUAGUGAUACAGAGUUUAGUACCAGGUGGUGUAGCUCAACAAGAUGGUCGUCUAGUACCAGGAGAUAGACUUAUCUUUGUCAAUGAUGUCAAUGUAGAGAAUGCUACCCUAGAUGAAACAGCUCAAGCAUUAAAAGGUGCUGAGAAGGGAAUUGUACAGAUUGGUGUUGCUAAACCAUUAUCUUUAUUACCUAAUGAGCAGUCGUCUGAUGCACUUCCUUCAUCUGAUGCAGCACCAUCAUCCCCAGAUCAUGUGACAUCAUUUGUCGAGCAGCUCCCGGAAACUUCCACUAUUACCAUGACAACCCAUGAUGAAUCCUAUACUGAAUCAACUCAGUCCAGUGAAGGUGAUGGUAAAUCAACAUUAAAACGUAAAGAUAGUUUCUAUGAUAGUGAUGAGGAGGAAAUAAAAACUCCAAGAAAAACAUCACCUCAAAAAUCUGGCACAGAAAAACCAAUUACCCCACCUAAAUCUUUAAAUACGUUUGGUAAAGAAGUGAAAGAGACUAAGAGAGUGGUACAAACAACCAACAAGCAAAAAUUUGAUUAUGAAGAUAUUGAUUCGUUACCAUCUUACCAAGAGGCUACUUCUGGUUCAUUACAAGUAACAACUGAUAGUAAAUUGACUAAUCAACAUGAAAGACAAGUUUCUGAUGCUCUCUCGGACCAGGUAUUUGGUUUAGACAUUCCUGAUAGUUCGGAAGCGUAG